GCUGAACUGAGCAUGUUCGCGCCCGCCAGCCAGGGCCGCAACCACAGCCGCAGGGACGGCAGCCGGGAGAGCCACCGCGCAUUAUGCAAAGCGGCAGCAGAUGUGAGCGGGGCCAGCUGGGUGCUCCUCGGCCUCCCCUCCCAACGGCCGGCCCAGCUGCCUGAAUUGUCCCGGACACUCCCCUGGCCCUCUCCAGGGCCGAGAUGGCCUGAGGACCCCCAGGCGCGGCCGCGCAGCAGAGGGGUUGAAACAUGGGGAACCAGGAUGGGAAGCUGAAGAGGAGCGCAGGUGAUGUCUCCCACGAAGGCGGCGGCGGCGGCGGAGCGGAGGAUGCCGCGGGGCCCAGGGAUGCGGAAACCACAAAGAAGACGAGCGGGAGCAAAAAGGCGCUCGGUAAGCACGGCAAGGGGGGAGGGGGCAGCGGAGAGACCAGCAAGAAGAAGAGCAAGUCGGAUUCUAGAGCCUCGGUGUUUUCCAACCUGCGGAUCAGAAAGAACCUGACCAAGGGGAAAGGUGCCGGCGACUCGCGGGAGGAUGUGCUGGACUCUCAGGCCCUGCCGAUCGGGGAGCUGGACAGCGCUCACUCCAUAGUCACCAAGACCCCAGACCUCAGUCUCUCUGCUGAGGAGACGGGCCUAUCGGAUACCGAGUGUGCCGACCCUUUCGAGGUGAUCCAUCCAGGUGGUCCUAGGCCUGCCGAGGCUGGGGUAGGGAUCAAGGCGACUGCGGAGGAUUUGGAAACUGCGGCAGGAGCGCAAGAUGGACAAAGGACCAGUUCUGGUUCGGACACGGACAUCUAUAGCUUCCACUCCGCCACGGAGCAGGAGGAUUUGCUCUCAGACAUACAGCAGGCAAUUCGUCUGCAGCAGCAGCAGCAACAGCAGCAGCAGCAGCAGCAGCAGCAGCAGCAGCAGCAGCAGAAGCUGCUGCUCCAGGACUCCGAGGAGCCUGCAGCGACCCCCACUGCCAUCUCCCCUCAGCCUGGGGCCUUUCUGGGCCUGGACCAGUUCUUACUGGGAUCGAGAAGCGAGGCUGGAAAGGACACGGAACAGGCAUUACCGGUGAGACCCGACUUGCCUGAGACCACCACAUCCCCGGUGCCUGAGCAACCUCCGUCCUCCGGAGGCCACUUGGCCUCUGAGACACCCGGCUACGCGAGCGCCCGCUCUGCAGUCACAGACUCGCUCUCAUCUCCAGCCUUCACAUUUCCUGAGGCUGGUCCAGGGGAGGGCGCAGUCGGAGCCCCAGUGCCUGAAGCUGAGGACACAGAUGAGGAGUGCGAGGAGGAUGCUUUCGAGGAUGCCCCCCGAGGCUCUCCAGAGGAGGAAUGGGUCCCAGAGGUGGGAGAAACUCCACAGAGGCUGGAGGAAGAGCCGGAGGAGGGGAUGCGAGGGCCCAGUGUCUCUGCAGUCGCUUCUUUGCCUGGCAGCCCUGCGCCCAGCCCACGAUGCUUCAAACCUUACCCACUCAUCACCCCUUGCUACAUCAAGACCACCACUCGGCAGCUCAGCUCUCCCAAUCACUCCCCAUCUCAGUCCCCCAACCAGAGUCCUAGGAUCAAGAAGCGACCCGAGCCUUCCGUCAGCCGGAGCCCCAGAACUGCCUUGGCCUCUACUGCAGCCACGGCAAAGAAGCACCGGCUGGAAGGUGGCCUCUCGGGCGGUCUCAGCCGCUCAGCCGACUGGACCGAGGAGCUAGGCGUCCGUACGCCUGGGGCAGGAGGCUCUGUGCACCUGCUGGGGCGCGGGGCUACUGCGGAUGACAGUGGUGGCGGGUCGCCUGUGCUGGCCGCUAAGGCUCCUGGGGCUCCAGCCACAGCUGACGGCUUUCAGAACGUGUUCACAGGGCGAACUCUGCUGGAAAAGCUGUUCAGCCAGCAGCAGAACGGGCCUCCAGAAGAAGCAGAGAAAUUUUGCUCACGGAUCAUUGCCAUGGGCCUUCUACUUCCUUUUAGUGACUGCUUCAGGGAACCAUGUAAUCAGAACGCUGGGUCGAGUUCAGCACCAUUUGAUCAAGAUCAGCUUUACACCUGGGCUGCAGUUAGUCAACCCACGCAUUCCAUGGAUUACAACGAAGGUCGGUUUCCCAGGAGAGAACCUUCCAUGUGGCCACCAUCCAGGCUUCCUGAUGAAGAGCAUAGUCCCAAGGCCAUUGACACAGAACCUCAAUCCUCUAUUUUGGAAAGCCCGAAAAAAUGUUCAAACGGUGUCCAGCAGGAAGUUUUCGAUGUGAAGUCUGAAGGACAGGCAACUGUAAUUCAGCAACUUGAACAGACCAUUGAGGAUCUGAGGACAAAGAUCGCUGAGCUAGAAAAGCAAUAUCCAGCCCUAGACUUGGAGGGGCCCAGAGGCCUUCCAGGCCUUGAGAAUGGAUUCCCAGCCUCUGAAGAAGUUGGUCUGGAUGCUCUCAGAUUGCACGGGAAAGUCGCACAACCUCCGAGAACUCUUGAGGCAAAAUCAAUACAGACUUCCCCUACAGAAGAGGGUGGGAUCCUGACACUGCCGCCUCUAAAGACACCUCUGGAAGGUCCCCUGUGCCCACUUGCCACUGAAAGUGGAGAGUCAGCGGUUCUACCCACACCCACUGGACCUCAGACAAAAUUCUGUUCAGAGAUUUCUUUGAUUGUAUCUCCAAGGAGAAUAUCAGUCCAGCUUGAUGCCCAACCAGCCCUGCAGAGUGCAUCACAGCUCUCUCCUCCUCCUCCUCCUCCUCUCGCUGGGUCUGAAAGUCAAGGACAGCCCCCCCACCCUUCUUUGCAUACUGCGUCGGAAACCAGCCAUGAACCUUCUGUUUUCUCCUCCUUUGGAAACAUCUGUAAUAUUCCACCUGCACCACCUCUGCCUUGUACAGAGUCCUCCAGCUUCAUGCCUGGCCUGGGCAUGGCAAUUCCCCCGCCUCCCUGUCUCUCUGACAUAACAGUGCCUGCUCUGCCCAGUACAACAGCCCCACAACCCACCAGUCUGCAGGGAACAGAAAUGCUGCCAGCCCCUCCCCCACCUCCUCCUCUUCCUGGACUGGGAAUACCCCCUCCUCCCCCUCCUCCCCCUCCCCCUCUUCUCCCUGGAGUGGGGAUACCCCCUCCCCCUCCUCUCCCUGGAGUGGGGAUACCCCCUCCCCCUCCUCUCCCUGGAGUGGGGAUACCCCCUCCCCCUCCUCUCCCUGGAGUGGGGAUACCCCCUCCCCCUCCUCUCCCUGGAGUGGGAAUACCUCCUCCCCCUCCUCUCCCUGGAGUGGGGAUACCCCCUCCCCCUCCUCUCCCUGGAGUGGAGAUACCUCCUCCCCCUCCUCUCCCUGGAGUGGGCAUACCCCCUCCCCCUCCUCUCCCUGGAGUGGGCAUACCCCCUCCCCCUCCUCUCCCUGGAGUGGGAAUACCCCCUCCCCCUCCACUUCCUGGAGUGGGCAUACCCCCUCCCCCUCCACUUCCUGGAGUGGGCAUACCCCCUCCCCCUCCACUUCCUGGAGUUGCCAUUCCUCCACCUCCUCCUCUACCAGGUAUGGGGAUUCCUCCAGCCCCACCUCCUCCUGGGGCAGGCAUCCCUCCACCCCCUCUGUUGCCUGGCUCAGGUCCUUCACUCUCCUCACAAGUUGGGAGUAGCACUUUACCAGCACCACAAGUGUGUGGAUUUCUUUUUCCUCCAUUGCCAACUGGCUUAUUUGGAUUGGGAAUGAAUCAGGACAGAGGGGCUAGGAAGCCCCCAAUUGAGCCUUGCCGGCCAAUGAAGCCUCUCUAUUGGACAAGAAUUCAACUCCAUAGUAAAAGAGAUUCCAGCCCUUCACUUAUUUGGGAAAAGAUCGAAGAGCCAUCCAUAGAUUGUCAUGAAUUUGAAGAAUUAUUUUCUAAAACUGCAGUAAAGGAAAAAAAGAAACCCAUUUCUGAUACAAUCUCAAAGACAAAGGCUAAACAAGUUGUCAAGUUGCUUAGCAACAAAAGAUCACAAGCAGUAGGAAUUCUAAUGUCUAGUCUUCAUUUAGAUAUGAAAGACAUACAGCAUGCUGUUGUGAACUUGGACAAUUCCGUGGUUGACCUGGAGACCCUUCAAGCUCUCUAUGAGAAUAGAGCACAGUCAGAUGAACUGGAAAAAAUUGAAAAGCACAGUCGAUCUUCCAAAGACAAGGAAAAUGCCAAGUCUCUUGACAAACCUGAACAGUUCCUAUAUGAGCUGUCACUAAUCCCCAACUUCUCAGAGCGAGUCUUCUGCAUCCUGUUUCAGUCAACGUUUUCGGAGAGCAUUUGUUCAAUUCGUCGCAAACUGGAAUUGCUACAGAAAUUGUGUGAGACAUUAAAAAACGGACCAGGGGUCAUGCAAGUCCUGGGUUUGGUUCUAGCCUUUGGGAACUACAUGAAUGCUGGAAACAAGACUCGGGGACAGGCAGAUGGCUUUGGACUUGACAUUCUGCCAAAGCUAAAGGAUGUCAAAAGCAGCGACAACAGCAGAAGCCUCUUGUCAUAUAUUGUUUCCUAUUAUCUUCGAAAUUUUGAUGAGGACGCUGGCAAGGAGCAGUGUGUCUUCCCUCUGGCGGAACCUCAGGAACUCUUCCAGGCCUCACAGAUGAAGUUUGAAGAUUUCCAGAAAGAUCUCAGAAAACUAAAGAAAGACCUGAAAGCCUGUGAGGUGGAAGCGGGUAAAGUGUACCAGGUCUCCUCUGAAGAGCACAUGCAGCCUUUCAAGGAAAACAUGGAGCAGUUCAUUAGUCAAGCUAAAAUUGACCAAGAGUCACAAGAGACUGCUCUGACAGAGACUCAUAAAUGCUUUUUGGAGACCACAGCCUACUACUUCAUGAAACCAAAAAUUGGAGAGAAGGAGGUGUCCCCAAAUGUUUUCUUCAGUGUCUGGCAUGAAUUCAGCACUGACUUUAAAGACUCUUGGAAGAAGGAGAACAAACUGAUUCUGCAAGAGAGAGUCAAAGAAGCUGAGGAAGUAUGUAGGCAGAAGAAAGGAAAAUCACUCUACAAAGUAAAACCAAGACACGACUCUGGGAUUAAAGCAAAGAUAAGCAUGAAAACCUGAGCUGUGAACAGCAGAAUAAGUCAUCGAAACAACUUCCACAGCAUCCACCUGACCUGAGAGGGCAGUAAACUACACCAAUUUGAUCAUUUUUCCUCUGAACCUCUUGCAUAAUCUUCCAUGUUUUCUAGAAAGUUUGUUGAUUGUUGAAUUUCCCUGUAUGUUCUUUUAAAAUUGCAAAAGCAGUAGACCUGUGGAGCAUUAGA